AUGGUUGGUCUUACGCUGGGACCGAUUCAGUCCUCAGUGCAGAGGACGAUGAAGAGAGGUUGCCACGUGGAAAAGUGGGUUUUCCGGUGUUAUCCGGGCCUGGCCAGGCUCUUGUCCAAUCUCUCGUCGUCGCCCUCCACACGAAGACUCAUCUCACAGCGCUCGUCUCUUGAAACACUUGAGGACAUUGAGGAGAAUGCUCCUUUACGCAGAUGCCGCACUCUGUCCGGCUCUCCGCGGCCAAAGAGCUUCAAGAAGGUGCACUUCAUUAAGAACAUGAGGCAACACGAUACUCGCAAUGGAAGGAUAGUCCUUGUCAGUGGCAGAAGAUCCUUCUAUAGUGUAUUUUCAGUGCUGCCCUAUCGAGAUUGUAGCCAAGCAGGGGACGUGAGGCUGGAGGGGGGCAGGCAGAGGCACCCGUCCGGAGGAGUCAGUGCCAAAGAGAUGGUGAUCGGACUGGAGGGCGUGGAGCUGGGAGCUGACGGAAAGACGGUGUCUUAUACCCAGUUCCUGUACCCGACAAACGUGUUGGGAGGAGGCCGGAGGAACACCAUCGACUCCACCGCCUCCUUCUCCCAGUCGCGGAACACCAGCCACCGCAGCCUGAUCCUGAACCGCGCCAACAGUAACCAGAGCAGCGUGGACACAGGGAAUGAUUUCGGAGAUGUUCGAGAGUACGACCCCAACCUCCUGGACGAUCCGCAGUGGCCUUGUGGGAAGCAUAAGCGAGUCCUCAUCUUCCCUUCGUACAUGAGCGGGUAA